UGUGCGCGCCGUGUCCGACUACGACUAAACACUCGUCCGCUUAUCGACUACUCGAACGGUUCCGACGAAAUAUUGUUAACCGUUUAAUUAUUAUAUUAUAUUAUUAUUAUUGUUAAUUUAUUUUCUCGCUUAAUAUACUCUCAUUUAAAAUUAUAUAUUUUCAUAUCGCCGUAACAUACAUUUACCAUAGUGUUUUAAUUUAAUUUUUAUAUUAUUAUUUAUAAGUGCGUUCUUCUGUGCUUUUGAAUUUCGCUGCAGUGCUGUUUUGUAUUUUUACCUGUAUAUUAUUAUUUUUUUUUUUUUUUUAAAUUGUGCACGGUUUACGACCCUCUCGCCGUUUGGAUAUAACGUUCUCUGAUUCUACACACAUUGACCUGGAUCUAUUAUCUGAACACGAAAAUGUAUUUGAAAGAAAAAUGGAAACGAACCUCCGUUAGCAGACAAUGAACAAAAACGAAAGUGGAACAUCGCAUAAAAUAUCGAAGAGACGUGGGUCCACGACUCACUAAUAAUCAUCCUGGCUUUUGUGAAGCCCACACCACCCGGCCAAUCAUUGUCCGCUGGUGUAGUAGUUGCUGGCAAGACAUCGACCAUCUCAGGUUCAGGUAUGCCUUUCAUGGACGAUGUGUUACUCUGGUGUCCAGAGGCCGAGACGAAAAUUGACGAUUUUACCGAAUGUCUUGGUAACGAAGUUUCCAGUCUCGGCGAACUACUCCAAUCGGAAAUAUCUAGUGAAUUAGACAAUGCUUUGGACGGAGGAGGAGCAGGUAACCAGGAUGCCGGUGAACACUCUGGCGAUGAUGAUAUUUUCAAGCAGUUAUCCGACUCGUCCGCGUUACUUGAACAGUUUUUCGAUUUUGUUAAUUGUGAUAUAAAGGAAGAAAAUAAUAACAAUGUUAUGUCAACGGGUAACAAAAACCAUGCUGCUGUUGCAUUACUUCAAGAACUACAACGCACAAAUGCUGGCAAAAAAUUCAAUAUAACCACUGCCAAUCCUUUACUUGCAGAAAAACUUUUGAAUCCUGUGUCUCAGCUAAAUCCAAGUUUAAACCAAAAUUCAGAUAUGUUCAUCAAUCAAAACAAGUACAUCAAGACGGAACCUUCAAUAAAUGAUACAGGUAAUGAAAAGGACGAGAACAUCGACUUCCUGGAUCACCUCCGGAUCGCUGGCAACGGUGGUGUAGGAAACCCAGGAGCGGCCGACCAUCUGCCGCCCAGGCAACAGUUGUCGUUUGCCCUGCCCCACGGAUUCCAUCAUGCCGGCUCUCUGCCUCCCAGCCCCGCGGACUCCGGAGUGUCCGACGUGGACAGCAGCAGCAGUGGACACACGUCCACCGACACCGAGCUCAGGGCUCGGCUCCAACCGCACCAGUAUCACCACCAAGUCUCUUCUUGUGGUCGCCGUACUAGUCCAGACCCACCGAGUAUCGCACAAUGUCAUCAGCAGCAGCAACAACAACAACAACAACAGCAACAGCAACAACAGCAACAGCAACAGCAACAACAGGACUUAUUCUCCAGGAUAUACGGAGUGAACGCUCCACCACCGGGUGCUUACCAUCAUCCCGGUCCCGCGCCUCCAUCGCCCAAACAUCCACUUUUCAUGCGAAAUAAUCAUCCUUAUGGAGGCGGCGUCGCUGGCUAUCAUCCAUCGGCAAUCGGUGGCUACGGUUCGGCGGUUAGCCCUACAUCCGGCGGUCACUUCACCAUGCCACCGUGCCCACCCACGGCCGCGCUUCCGGGCGCUGGCACCGUGGUCGGUCGCGGGUCUGUCAUCCAGGCGGCCGCGGCCAACUGUUACCAGCCCAACGGCGCCGGAGCGGCUAAUCUCAAUGACCUGUACUACAUGGACUUUGGCGCACCCACCGCGGCCGCGGCCAUGUACCACCAAAAGGCAGUCGGGAACAAGAGCAGCAGUAACAAGAAGCCCAAGAAAUACGGCAGUGUCGGCCGACCGUCCGCGGCCGGUUCACCGGGAGUCAUCCAACAGCAGUCUUGUCCGGCCACGGGACCCAAGCGGAAAAGCCGAGAAGGUUCCACGACAUACCUGUGGGAGUUUUUGUUGAAACUGUUGCAAAACUCCGACUACUGCCCGAGGUUCAUCAAGUGGUUGAAUCGAGAAAAGGGUGUUUUCAAGUUGGUCGACUCCAAGGCGGUGUCUAAACUUUGGGGAGAGCACAAGAAUAAACCCGACAUGAAUUACGAGACGAUGGGACGUGCUCUCAGGUAUUACUACCAGAGAGGAAUUCUGGCCAAAGUAGACGGCCAGAGACUGGUGUACCAGUUUGUCGACGUCCCCAAAGACAUCGUCGAAAUUGAUUGUUCCGGCGCAUGAGGAUUAUGUAAACCCGAAAACAACCAAAGACCUCGUAAUGAUAAUAUAUAAUAUACAAAUAUAUUGUCAUCUUCAUCAUUACAAUUGCUAUAUUAUAAUUUAUUCUUUCCGCCUCGGAUGCAAAAUCGUCGUCGCUAGUCCGUCGUCAUAUUAUUAUUAUUAUUAUUUUUAUUAUUAUUAAUAUUAUUAUCAUUACCGUAAGUAGGUAAAAUUUAACCUGCAUCCGGUGUGUAUAACAUGUAUAUAAGAUGAAUGUAUGUGCGUGCGUGUGUAAUUUAUAUAAUAUUAUUAGUAUAUAGAAUUCUGCACUAUUCGAGUUUAGGCUCGUCCGCCGUGUAAAUAUCGCGCAAAAACUUGUGUUUCUUUUUUUUUUCGUAUUAUAUUUUUUUUCACGUGAACGUGUGCUGCUGCCAUCGCUGCUGCUACCGUUUAAACAAUGUAAUAUUAUAAUAAUAUAUUUUAAUGUACUCCCUGCUGGUUGUUGUAGCUGAUGCUACUGCAACCGUCGUCUGUGUGCAUGUGUAUAUGUGUGUGUGUGUAAAGACUGACAAUAAUUAACCGAGAAGAUAUUAUGAUAUAAUAUACAAAUAUAUAUAUUAUAUUUAAUAACAUUUAAAAAAAAAAUUUAAAAAAAAAAA